GACGACCAAAACCAGCCCGGUUUCAACCGGCAUCCGGCUCGUCUGCCCUCUCCGAAGGAACAACACUGCUCCAUCUGCUCUGCAGUGUUGGUGUUGCCGUCGUCGUCUGUGAAGACGUCUUGCGUCACUUCUGCCCACCGAACCUCGUUUCCGGGCUGUCCGCAUCUUCGAGCUCCACCGUUCGCCGGCCCAGUCAAGCUGAGGCAUGCCGGUCUCGUCGGACUCGAGAAUGACGUCAGCACCACCGCCAAGACGUCUGCUGCCGCUGCGAGACUCGCAGCUUCCGUCGACAGUCUACCGACCAGUCAGGCUCCACACGCCGCCUCCAAGAGCCCAGUCGACGCCGUCUACCCGGGCCAUCUGCCCCUGGCCCAGUCGCUCUGGUGGCCGACGUAUCCUCAGUCCAAUCCCGCUACAGCUCCACCCAUCGACGCCAAUACAGGUUGCCAUAGCAACCAGCAUGAUGACGUGGUGGAGGUGGAUCGGAUGUGCUGGCGAGUCGGUCGCCCGGCCACCACGACCAGCAAAGGGAUGAACACCAUCUCCACGUCGGAGGGGAUGAGUUCGCACUGUUUCACCGGCUCGUCCUCCCUUUUGCCGAGCCCCUUUGCCCCAUUUUCCACCUCCGAUGUCCUCCAGCCUCUGCACUCUUUGUUGGCACCCUCUUGUCUGCCCGAUCCUACGGCAGCCCUGGGCAUGGUUGCCCAAAAGCGGGCGCCACCGACCAUUUCGACGAGAUUUCCACCAACAACCCUUCAAUGCCCACUUGUCCAGUUUACCAAUUCCACCUCUGCCUCUGCAGACUCCCUCUUCCCCUCUCUUGUCGGGCUGCCGCCAACCGCUCUGCGACCGUCCGCUUUUUGUCCAAAUGCACCCCAUUUCGCUGCUCAUCCUCCUCGAACCCCCUCGAAUCCGCCAAUCAGAAGCGCCCCCUCGACAGCAGACAGUCCACUCUGCCAGCAAUCGACACAUGCCGAAGGUAGCGACCGACUUUUGUCGCAUCUUCCCUUCGCCCCAGCAACUGGCAACGAAACCGCCAGCCUCACCGACGUCAAUCAGAUGCUCGAGUUCGCCUCGGCCGAGCCGGGCAGACGUGCUUAUGGCGGCUAUCUGCUGCCGCCGUCCAGACAACGCGAGACAGCCACCAAACUGCAGAAGGGACCGCUUUCCGAGCGUCUUCUG